GACUUCAUUUUAUGGCAGAUUCAGGCACUUCUUGGACAUCAUUGAUCCGCGCACUCUCUUUGUUACUGAGAGUCGUCUGAAGGAAGCUGUGCAGUUGUUGGAGGAUUACAAACAUGGGACUUUGCCCCCAGGAGUCACCAACAAAGAGCUGUGGGGAGCUCAAAAAAUAAAGCAGGCCAUCAUCCACCCCGAUACAAACGAGACCAUCUUCAUGCCUUUCCGAAUGUCAGGUUACAUUCCCUUUGGAACACCCAUCGUUGUUGGUCUUCUCUUGCCCAACCAGACUCUGGCAUCCACUGUGUUUUGGCAGUGGUUGAAUCAGAGCCACAAUGCGUGUGUCAACUAUGCAAACCGCAACGCGACAAAGCCUUCUCCGACGUCCAAGUUCAUCCAGGGCUACUUGGGAGCUGUCAUAAGUGCUGUCUCAAUAGCAGUGGGCCUUAAUCUUCUGAUUCAGAGAGCAAACAAGUUUACCCCCGCCACUCGUCUCUUGAUCCAGAGGUUUGUGCCAUUCCCUGCAGUCGCUAGUGCCAAUAUCUGCAACGUUGUCCUGAUGAGGCACACAGAGCUGGAAGAAGGAAUUGAUGUUUUGGACAAUAACGGAAACAUUGUCGGGUCUUCCAGAAUUGCUGCGAAACACGCACUGCUAGAAACGGCCCUGACUAGAGUGGUCCUGCCAAUGCCUAUACUGGUUCUACCUCCAAUUAUUAUGUCCAUACUGGAAAAAACAUCACUCCUGAGGUCGCGUCCCCGGAUGAUUCUCCCAGUCCAAAGCCUUGUGUGCCUCGCUGCCUUUGGCCUGGCCCUCCCCUUGGCCAUCAGUCUCUUCCCGCAGAUGUCUGAGAUUGAGACAUCUCGGCUGGAGCCAGAAAUCGCAAUGGCCACCACCAGUAAGACUGUAGUCUACAAUAAAGGCUUGUAAGUGGAAGUGGACCAUCUCAACCCAGAAGAUUUGGGG